AUGCUAAAGCACCCCCUCCGCCAAUCCUCCCUCCGACGGCCACUCCUGCUACUCAGCACUGGUGCCAGCAGCAGCACACCCCAGCUCUCCCCGUCAGCAUCUACAUCAACACCCCGCAAAUCCUCAAACCACCAGCACCGCCAACCCUCCUACUUUGCCGCGAGCAUACCAACCCCCUCACCACCCUCCCAGCAAUCGGGGGACCAUACACCCCCAUCCGAACGCAGCCUAAACCUCGGCCGAAGUAUCGCCUCCCCCCCCCCCCUUUCCCAACUACCCCUUCACAUUAUAUUGACAAAACUUAGCGAUCCAAACCCUAAGAUCCCAUCUUCCAACCCUCCUCCAAACCCCACUCCCACUGGACAUCCUCUCGCCCAGCAUAACCUUAAACCUCUUCCCGAGCACACAUCCGCACUUACCCACCGUGCGCGGACGGGUAGCAUACGUAGCGGCACUAUGGACCGCACCGGUGGCAUGGGGCAGAUUACCCGGGAGAAAUCGCCGUCUGGAAGUUCUAAGUGAGAGGAUGUUGGGGGAAGGGCAGGGGGAAGGGGAGGAGGUGUUUGUGGUUAGGUGGAGGGCCUGCGAGAAGGAUGAGUUUUGUGGGGUUUUCCUUUUCGAGUUUGAUGAUGUGGGGAGGAUUGGCAGGCACGUUAUCGAGGAGGUGGAGAGGGGUGGGGAUACCAGUGGAGAGGGGCAAGGUGGGAAGGGGGGUGUUGUUGGGGUUACGGAGUGGUUGCUUGGGAAGGCGAGGGGCGCUGGGGCGGGCGGAGGUGGGAGUGGAGGUGGGUUGGCAUGGCAGUGCGAGGGGGUCAGGGGGAGGUGA